AGCGGAAUCUGGGAGGGAGGAGAAAGGAACAAGUCGAGAGAAAACCGAGGGGAGGAGAGAGAGGAAUUAAAUACGAGAACGCACUGUGGAGAGGAGGUGAGCGAUGUGCUACGCCGAGUAUUUCAUCUCUAACACGGGCAGUCACUGUCGUCGCAGUCGUCCCCCGCCUUGAACCGGAGUGGGAACGACAACGCUGCCUCGCUGAAGCCUCUGUGAUUGGAUGAGAAAGAGACAGCCCCCGGCUACCAGUAUGGACGCGCGACAUCCCAGAGUUUCCCACAAUCCUUAGAUCCGCAGCUGAGUCCAGUGAUCCCUAAACGCCGGUCCACGACUGAUCUCCUGUCAGGUGACCCCGCCACGUGCCGCCAUGAUGUCGGUGGACGUGACCAACCGGAACUGCCCGGCCGCCACGCCUCCCACCUCGCUGAGCCUCCGCUCCUCCCACAACCAGCUGCUGAGCGCCGGCGACGUGGUCCGCCAGGGCUCGGCCACGCCUCCAAAGUGUCGCAAAAAGUACGCGCUCACCAGCAUCCAGGCCGCCAUGGGCCUCGGGGAGGCCGCGCCGCCGUCCUCGUCUUCCUCCUCGCCCUCUUCCCCGCCGGUGUCCCCGACCCCCAGCAAUCCCAAACUGGCCAAGAACGGCUUGAACCAGCUGCGCAAAGCCACCCGGGACCUCAACAAGAACGCCACGGACCCGGAACCCGAGGCCACGGCGGACGAGCUCAACGUCAACGAGGGCGAGGAGGAGGAGGAGAGUCAUGCACUCACCAACAACGACCGGGAGGAGGAGGACGAGGAGGAGUUUGAGCUGCUGUCGAACGCCGACCCCGAGCCGAAGAGCGAGUCGGACAUGGACUGUGACGUCAGCGCGCCCACCGAGCUCAACCUGCAAGAUGUCGACUUGAACAUUGACACGGAGGAGAGCGACGACAUCAGCAUCCUGUCCGAGAAGGACGUGAUGUCAAAGAUGAAGAUCCAGGAGCGCGGCGACACCGAGGCGGCGCCGGCGACCGAGGAGGUGGAGGAGGAGGAGGAGGAGGAGGAGGAGGGAGGCGAGGAGAAGAAACCCCUGCUGGUGAUGCGCGGCGAGUCUCCUGUGCAGAAGCUUGACAAUCCACCGGAGGCGGAGCUCAUCUCCGACCUCUGCUCCAACCUCAAGCUCCUCAGGUCGGGCGGCAAGGACUCGCCGCUGCCCCCUCUGCCUUCGCCACCCAAGCACGCCAGCCCGGAGGACGCGCCGCUGCUCUCGGUGGCCUCCCGCUCGUCCUCCUGCUCCUCCUCCUCAUCGCCGGAGACGAAGAAGGACAGGCGGACGGGGGCCAAGACGGACUGCGCUCUGAACCGCAUCCAAAACCUGAACCCUAGCGACGAAGAGUUGAGUUGGACCCCGCUGUCGCAGGAGAGCCACUCCCCGGAGGAGACAGAUAUCUGGAGUGAGCAGUCGUUCCAGACAGACACGGACCUCCCCCCAGGAUGGAAGAAGAUCACGGACAUGGCCGGCGUCUACUACUGGCACAUCCCCACUGGCACCACCCAAUGGGAGAGACCCGUGGCCAGCAUGGCACCCCCGGGACAGACCGAGCCCCCGGGCGAGCAAGCGGCCUCCGCGUCACGCAAGAACUCCCUGGGCUCCCUCAGCCCCUCGCCCACCCCGGACCACGAGGCGUGCCAGGCGGAGGUCUUCUUCAGGGGCUCGACCCGCUCGGGCAGCACCACGUCCGACAGCUCGGUGGAGCCGCUCUCCGCCCACGAACCCGGACUCUCCACGUGUGGGUUCGUCAACAGCUGCUACUUUCCUCGCUCCUCACCUCUGCAGGGGAUGCCCGAUGCAGAGUGUCGCUCCCUGCUCCUUGAAGACGAGGACAAGAAACAGGUGUGGAGUGAUUUUGGCGGAAAGAUUGAUAGUGAGGUGUGGAAGGACCUGCAAGCGGCCACAGUGAACCCCGACCCCAGUCUGAAGGAGUUUGAGGGCGCGACGCUUCGCUACGCAUCGCUCAAGCUAAGGAACCGUCCAGCAGUGGAAGAAGAGCGGUCCAGCAGCGCUAACAGAGACCCAGAGACAAAAUGUUUCGCUGUGCGCUCGCUGGGAUGGGUGGAGAUGGCCGAGGACGACUUGGCCCCCGGAAAGAGCAGCGUCGCCGUGAAUAACUGCAUCCGGCAGCUGUCCUACUCCAAGAAUGACAUUCGAGACACCGUCGGCAUCUGGGGAGAGGGGAAGGACAUGUACCUGGUGCUGGAGAACAACAUGUUGAACCUCGUCGACCCCAUGGACCGUGGCCUUCUUCACUCUCAGCCAAUCGCAAGCAUCCGUGUGUGGGGUGUCGGCCGGGACAACGGCAGGGACUUUGCAUAUGUGGCACGGGACAAAAACACCAGGAUCCUGAAAUGUCAUGUGUUCCGCUGUGACACUCCGGCCAAAGCCAUCGCCACCAGCCUGCACGAGAUCUGCUCCCGGAUAAUGACAGAGCGAAAGAAUGCCAAAGCGAUGGCGGGCUCUCUGCAGGACAGGAUGCAGGCCGGGAUAGAUCUCCCUUUACAAGCAGAGUUCCCCACACCAAAGACGGAGCUGGUUCAGAAAUUUCAGGUGCUCUACCUUGGGAUGCUGCCCGUGGCUAGACCAAUAGGCAUGGAUAUCCUUAACGGAGCUAUAGACAGUCUGAUUGGCUCCUCCAACAGAGAGGACUGGACCCCUGUGGCCCUCAACGUGGCCGACGCUACGGUCACCAUCAGCAAAGACGAGGACGAAGAAGACGUGCUGGUCGAGUGUCGCGUUAGAUUCUUGUCUUUCAUGGGCGUCGGGCGGAACGUGCACACCUUCGCCUUCGUCAUGGACGCUGGCGGCCAUCGCUUCGACUGUCACGUCUUCUGGUGCGAGCCCAAUGCCGGGAAUGUGUCGGAGGCUGUGCAGGCGGCUUGCAUGCUGCGGUAUCAGAAGUGUUUGGUGGCUCGACCCCCCUCCCAGAAGGCCUGCGGCUCGUUGCCCCCAGGUGACUCAGUGUCGCGUCGGGUAUCGACCAGCGUGAAGAGAGGCGUCCUGUCCCUCAUCGACACCCUCAAACAGAAGAGACCCGUCACAGAGCUGCCGCAGUAACACCCGCCUGCCAAAACCCAGAGUUGCCAUGGUAACAAGUCGCCCCACCGCCCGAACCCAUUGCCACCGCCAGACCCCAGUAACAAUGGAAACACACCGAACCACGGGGUUGAUUUUGUGGAAACGCCUUUGCAAAGUUCUUUGCUUUCUCUGAACUACAGUUGGAAUUUUGCCUCAAGAGUUUAUCGGCUCUGGGGCAAAAUUCAAAUUUCUUCGGUGAAAUAUGAGAUGAAUGAAUGAAAAGACUGUAAUCCACAUCGAGAAGGACCAACCACGGAGAAACACGCGAUGUGGUGGACGUGUACAUAGAAGUGACUCUCACCCCCCUCAGUGCAGAGGAGGGAGGUGAAGAUGGAGAAAAGCAAGAGGGAGUGGACAUGAGCGAGCUCCUCACUCCCCUCAUUGUGCUCUUAUUGUAGAAGUGUCUGUGCCGCCAGCAUGACCUCGCACACCUGGCCACACCCACCCCCCCCUCCCCAUGUCACUCACCUGGUUGUAUUGUCUUUAGUAGCUGUUUCCCCCUCUGCCCCUCUGUCUUAUGGCCCAUGUGGACUAUAACCAGUAGGGACAUGGAAGGACGCAUUCGUAAUGAGUAAAAGAAGGAAGCUGCUUCCGACUAAAAAGAUUAGGUCGUCAGUCUACACACACUAACCCGAUCCUGCAUGAUCGUUCUGUAUCAAAGUGAACCAUUCUAGACCAUGUAGAUACGCUGCUGCUGCUUACAGGAGGAUUUGAAAUCCGAAGCCAAGGUGUUUUUUUUUGUAUUUCUCUUGUUUCUUGUAAGCUGUGCAAGGGUCGGCGUGGAGGGUCUAAACGAGCGGUGACCGUUCACCCGAAACAUCCUGCAUGCACUUCCUGUUUACCGUUGUUUUUUUUGUUUUUUUCUUUCGUUAGCCAUUUGGGAAAACGAUAGAGGAUAGCCAUAACAGAGAAGGAGUCACAGGGAUGGACUGAUUUUUUUUUUUUUUAAAUCACCACUUCAUGUACACUUAUGAAGACAGGAGAAAGGCUCCAGAUUUGUCUGAUUUUCAAGAGGGCAGCCAAAAAAAGAAGAGAAGUGUUGACUCAAACCAACGAGACUCUCCCAGGCGGCCAUCUUUGUGUGUCCACGGGACUCUUCACUCGUAUGCACCUUCUCAUUUGUGGUCCUCAUUGCCUUCUUCUUACUGUACCGCUGCUUUCAUCAGUGCCACUGCCUCCGUUUCCUCUCACAAAUAUCAAUUGAACUAGCUCUUCGUCAUUGCAUAUCUGACAAGUGUGGAUGCGUGGUACUAGCUAUCUAAGUCUAAUAUAACUAAAAUCAUAGAGGUAUGUUCUCUUUGAAUGUAAGGCAGAAGACUAAUGCCUAGCUAGUACAACCGAUCGUUAGCUAACACCCUUCAAUCCAACGCGUUUAGGGACUUUACCAACCUGUCUGCCAGGCUUUAGGAUUGCUCCUCAUGGUGGAAGGGCUGUAGGAAGGUCUUUUCUUUUUCUUAUAUCAAUUUUGCAAAUCUAAUAAUAACAUUUUCAAAGUGUUCUGAUUAAUGUAAACUGCAGUUGUUAGCAUGUCGGACUAAUAGUUUACUGUAGCUGGCUAGCUAUAUUUAUGGGUUUAGAGUUUACAUAGGAAAAAAAAAGGAAAGCAUAUUUGUAUCAUCUUUGUUGUGCUGCCUGCUGGAUUUGAGGAAGUUUACACCCAGCAACGAGAACCAAACGAGUGGUUGGUUCAGCUAGAAGCCUGAACCUCUUUCACGAGUAACGUUGUGCUGACUAAGCAGCCCUACAGGGCUUGGUUCAAAGGAAAUAACACUAAAUUGUUUGUUUUUAGCUAAUGUUGUAGUAAAAGUAUUGAUGGAAAUGAUCAUCGUGAAAUGUUUUCAGGGGAUUCACGGUGUUAAAGUAAAGGUUAGCUCCUUACCUUUCGCGCCAAAUACGGUUUUAAUUGUGAAAGUUAAAAUCUCCUUAACCAGAGUCGGUGAAAGGACGCUAACGGUGGUGAAUCGGCCGUGCGCUGGUAUUGCCCUAAACCGCUUUGACGUCGGAAUGCUAAAUAUGUUUUUUUUCUCGGAGAUUCAACAUUGGUUAAAGGGUCGCCAAAAUGACCAUCAAUGUCGUCAACAUACCUGUGACCCUAAUUCUGUCCUUCAACACCUCCAGUGCAAUAAAAGCUCUUUCAUCAUCACCCCAGCAUUAACCGUCGGCCAAAAUCGGAAAUACACAUUUGUCUCCGAGGGUUUUACAGUCUGUACACGUGCGCCAACCUCUGUCCCGAAACCCUCGCAUCAGCACAAAACGCGUUUAGCAUGACGUGGCAGAUUUAGCGUUAGCUUAAUUAGCUCGAUACCUAGCCAGCGAGUUGAUGAAAUCUGCUCGCGACAGUUUUCACAUUUUUGCCACUAAAAUCACGGAGGUUUGCAAAAUCUAUAUACAUACAUAAUACAUAUUUGUACUUUGCAAUGAAAACUUAAAAGUGAUUGUGAUGAAGUAGAGCUUGACAGUGUAGCAGCAGUUUCCAGAGGAAGCAACAUGCCGAGCUUUGAACCCGUUAACCUGUAGUGAAGAUAACCAGGAGCGUAAUGGACAUUCAGCCGAGGAUGAUGAAAUGUGAGCCAGAUAACCCAAAUGUUUGUGUACAAAACUUCAAAUCUAUUUUUGGCAUUAAUCAUCAUUAUAAGCUAUGUUUUCAUUUAUAAAUGUCUCAUUAUUUUCUUGUAAUGAAAUGCCUUCUUUUUGAUUACUCACCAAAUGGCCAAAGUGUAAAAUAGCGAUAUAAUGUUUCAUUGUAGAUAAGAAAAAAUGCCAGAGUGAAUAAUGAAACUAUGAGAGAUGAUUGGAAAGUUUCACAGUUGUCAAUUCCGUUUUAUGCUGAAUUUAACUGAGCAAUUAUCUAUGCAUUCUUUUGAUCUCGAGAAAAUGGAAAGUCGUGAAAAGCCUUGCAUGACCCCUUGGAUGGUUGGAAGAACGACUGUAUGUACUGAACAGAAAUAUUUUUUAUUUUAUUUAUUGUAUUUUAUAAAGGUAUAUACUGAUUUUAUUAGUUGGGGCAACAAACGUCUUGACGCUGUGUCAUUGUCUCAGUUCCCGUUUUACUCACAACGCUACAACGAGCUCCUUAUCGCAAGAAAAAAGGCGGAUACAGGAAUAUAUCUUCACCUUGUAAAGUGUACUGAGAGCCGGGAGUCCACUGUGGCUCUUUACCGGUUAGUAGAAGUCAAGAGGAAGAGGUGGAAGGUGAUUAACAAUGGCGGACAUCCGGCGUCUCCGUCAAGCCCACUUGCUUAAACGACAACAAACGCACACCUUUCUCACAGAUGGAUGCGUCAGCUUCUGUUUGCUGUUCACCUGUUUGUACACUUUGUCAAUGUAAUCAAAUGUGAGAAUAAACAGCAUAAUAAAACGGA